AUGUCACAGACAUCGCUUCUGCAACCGCUGUUGAAUGGCGACUUGCUAGCAGAAGAUUUCAACACACCAAAUAUUGCUCUACCGAAUGCUAGGGAUCAUAAGCGCACAUCUUCUCUCCCAGAAGAUCAGCAUUCUGAAGAUCAGAAACAGAGCCAAGACCAGAGGAACCUAGGCAAAAAAUUUGCCUUUCUCGGCAGAAGAGGCGAUCCAAACGAGAGCCGCUAUGACAGCGAAAAUCGCCAACAUGAAGGCGACACUAAAAUGCCUUUCAAGGAAUCAGAUAUGCGGCGUUUAGAAGACGACGUGCGCUCGGAGAAAAGAUCCGGUCGUGGAGAAGCCGUUUCCGGAGAUCGGCCCACCAUUUCCCAUAAACGGUCGCUAGAUGGCACCCGGCUGUUUGGCUCACAACAUUUCUCAGCGUUGAGACGGCCCACAACGAUCUUUGGAAGGGCCCCCCCUCCAGCAGAGAGCUCCCUUCCAAAACCGGCAGAAGGUGUUUCGGAGGACGCAAGAAAGCCAAGGAAGAUUUUCACUUUAUUCAGAAAAAAAAAUAAGGACAAAGACCGCUGGCCAGGCAUCGCAGAUGUCGCCGAUACCGAGUCGCUCAACGAGGAUCGGGAGACGGGCGAAAGGGCGCAGGGACUUGUCGGCUCGCUUUUUCUAGGCAGUCCAGCGAUGAACUUGCUUGCAUCAUGUCUAUGUGAGGACGAGUACGGCAUUGCUAGGGCGCCUCUUUUGAUGAACUUGAUCGGUAUCAAAGUGACAGACAUCUCGCGCUCCCCGCUCACGAAAAACAAAAAGUUCAGGAUCGACCUCGAAUACGGCGUCUGGCCCCAGAGAUUGAAAUGGUCGGUGGAGAAAACGGCCAAGGACUUGCUCUAUCUCCAUUCCAAGUUCAAGUGGCUUGCUUUGAGGGGAUCGCUAAAGUCGGUCAAUCUUCCGAAAUACCCUGUUCCGCCUCUGUUAAGACGUAAUGAAAGAAGACAGACCCGCCAUUCUAAGUUUUCUGGUGAAACCUCCCAGACGCCUGCCCCGCUUGAUACCCUGCCCACGGUAGACUCACGGCAACAUGAUAACAACUCCAUUCUUAGUGGACAGAGCUUCCACGACCGAUUCUCAGCUCUUAGAGCUCACUUCAGCAGUGAUUCAGACGACGCUUCGUUGAAUUCCGCAUCGCCCGAGCAGUUGCGAACUCAAAUACAAAGCAAUCAAAACUACGUGCGGGAAAUCGAGAAGUACUUGAACGAUCUCAAUGUCUUGGUGGCCAUGCGUGCUCAGUCAAAUAGACUCUUCCAGUUCUUUGAGUUGUCUCCUAUUUCCUCUUUGCUAAGUUAUGAAACAGGCUACAUUGGGAAGCAAGGUGUCAUUCAUGUGGGAGGCACGGCAAAAUCGCAAGGCUGGAGAGUUGGUCAUUUCAAGGCGAACGACAUCAAGGAAAUGAUUGACAGAAGAUCAGAAAAGUGGUUCUUGGUCAGAGGAUCCUAUGUGAUGUACGUGUCUGAAAUCAACUCGACAACUCCUAUCGAGGUUUUCAUAGUUGAUUCCUCGUUUAAGCUCACUUUCAAACGCGAAAAUAACGAAAAGGUUGACGCAAAGGUCAUGGAGACUGAAUCCGACUUCGAAGAAGAGCUCGAAAAGAGCAUCGGCUCCGAUGGGAAAGCAUUAACGAAAGUCCAAAACAAAGUUUUCAAGCAUUUGCGUAUUGUGUUGGAGAAUAACGAACGGAAGUUAGUAAUUAUCCCUAAGUCAAAGGCAGAACAACAGUUAUGGAUUUCGUCCCUCAACGAAAUGGUGAAGAGCAAUGUUUGGGCUGAAAAACAUAGAUUCAAUUCGUUUGCACCUAUUCGAAAGAAUUGUUAUGCGCAGUGGUUGGUUGAUGCCAGAGAUUACUUUUGGGCACUUUCUUCAGCUUUAGAAAUGGCGAAAGACGUUAUUUUUAUUCAUGACUGGUGGCUCUCCCCAGAGUUAUACCUCCGCCGUCCGGCAAACGGGAACCAACAGUUUCGGCUCGAUAGAGUGUUGCAAAGAAAAGCUCAACAAGGCGUCAAGAUUUUCGUUAUUCUCUACAGAAAUGUCGGCACUACCAUCCCAAUCGACUCAUUGUAUUCGAAACACUCAAUCUUGUCCUUGAACCAAGAGAACGUCCAUGUGAUCAGAUCGCCUAAUCAACUUCUCCAAAACACAUAUUUCUGGGCUCAUCACGAGAAACUUUGUGUCAUUGACUACAACGUCGCAUUUAUGGGAGGGAUCGAUUUGUGUUAUGGUAGAUAUGAUACCCCUGAUCAUGUGCUUGCGGACGACUCACCCACAGAUUUUGCUACAUUAGACCCGGAGAACUACAAUUCUGAAGACCUUCUCAAUUUUAGAGUUUUUUCUGGGAAAGAUUACUCGAAUACCCGUGUGAAAGAUUUCAAUAACUUGAGUAAACCCUACGAGAGCUUGUACGACCGGAAUGUUGUCCCGCGAAUGCCAUGGCAUGAUGUUCAUAUGAUGACAUCCGGGGAAGUCGCACGGGACUUGGCUCGUCACUUCGUCCAGAGAUGGAAUUACUUGUUGAGACAGAAGCGGCCAAGUAGACUCACACCCUUGCUAACACCACCCCCUGACUUGACCGAAGAACAAGUGAAGGAAAUGAAUUUGGAUGGUACUUGCGAAAUUCAGGUGUUGAGGUCAUCGGGAAGCUGGUCUCUUGGGUUGAAGGAACACGAGCAAAGCAUUCAGCAAGCUUAUCUAAAACUAAUCGAGACGUCUGAGCAUUUCAUCUACAUUGAAAAUCAAUUUUUCGUCACAUCUUGCUUCAUUGAUGGUACAGAAGUCAAGAAUAGAAUUGGUGAUGCGCUUGUCGAUCGAAUUAUUCGCGCUCAUAGGGAGGGCAAAUCCUGGAAGGCGAUUAUUUUGAUACCAUUAGUCCCAGGAUUUGAAUCACAAGUUGAUCAGAUUGAUGGUUCCUCUGUGAGAGUUGUCAUGCAAUGUGAGUAUAUGUCUAUAUCAAGAGGCAGUUCAUCUCUCUUCGCUAAAUUGAGAAAAGCGGGAAUUGACCCUGAUGACUACAUCCAAUUCUUUUCAUUGAGAAAGUGGGGAUCUGUGGGCCCCGAUCGGACUCUUGUCACGGAGCAACUUUACAUUCAUGCCAAAUUGAUGAUCGCCGAUGAUCGUGCUGCAAUCAUUGGUAGUGCAAACAUCAAUGAGAGAUCUAUGAGAGGAUCUAGAGAUUCAGAGUUGGCAGCGUUGAUAAGGGACACCGACACCAUCGACUCAAUGAUGAAUGGAGAACCAUAUAAAGUUGGUAAAUUUGUUCAUUCAUUGCGUUUAAGACUCAUGAGAGAACAUCUAGGAGUGGCGGUUGAUUUGUUGGAUAUUGUUGAGAGGCGAUUUGAAGCUAUUCUUAAGUUCGCGAGAACGAAGGACGGAGUUAAAGCCGCCACAGACGAAUUUUCAAGUACUGAGAAGAGAGAGUUGUCUGCGGCGGUGGAGUUUGCAUCAAGACUUGUUCUACAGGAAACUAAAGGUACUACACGCUGGAAAUCAUUCUGUCGUGCUCAAAACAUCGAAUCAGAAUUAUUCGAGAUUCCAAGAGAUAUCAGAUUUGAAGAAGCCCCACCUCCCAUGUCACUUCCCCUCUCGUUUAACAAUAGAACUGGUCCUCAUGAGGCAAAUGUGGGCAUACGGGAUAGCAAGAAACAUUCAUUCGAUCCCAGAGUCCAAGCAAAUCUUGAUCAUCAAAGAGAUGUUUUUGGGGAGGGUACUGAUAAGUACAGAGCAAAUCUGACAAAAAGGGCCAGGUUAGAUAGUGCCAAGUUUCUCCGAAACCUUUCAAGGGACGCCAUGGAAAAAUACCCCGAUAAAGCAUUUCUUCCUAACAUUCAAGACGUGAAAGACUUCCUUAACCUGGAUGAUUCAGACUUGAAACAAAGAUUUGGUGACAAUGCCGAGGAUGUAUUAUUCAACAGAAAUCUUGAAAGGUGGUUAUUGUUGAAAAAAGUUGCAUACCUUCAACUCGUUGCUGCAAAAGAUGCGAAGCAGACCGAGAAAGAGGCCGAAAAGAGAGUCAAGGCGGGUCUCACGCCGGUCAUAAACAACUUCGAAAGUAAGAAUUCACAGUCAGUUAGUUCUACUGAGAGUGGCGCGGAGAUGGAAAAUAUCAAAUUCAGCAUGACUGCCGCCGUCAAUAUCAAGAACAAUAAUGCCACGCCUGGAGAAGAAUUUGACAUUACACCUGAAAGGGAUACUUCAGAAGCUCCUUACCAAGAGAUGAACCCGGAACAAGUCCCAAUUGUGACACUUGAUAAUGAUGGUUUUAGGGAUACAAUCAGAAAGAUCAACCUGCCAGGGGCUGAAAACUUCACCAAAUUCAUUGACCCUUUCUCAUUUAGUGAUCCAUUAGACCCAGAUUUUUAUGAAGAUAUAUGGUACGAGAACGCCAGGAGAAACACUGACAUCUUCAGACUCAUUUUUCACUGUCAACCUGAUGACACGGUACCUUCGUGGAAAGAGUACAUGCACUUUAUGAAAUUGAGCAAAGGUUUCAAAGUUGCUCAAGAUGGAGACGCCAAAGCCAGAAAAGAGAAACCUGAUAAUGACAGUGCUGAUCGGCAGGGAGGAGACUACGACAACUUUAGAAGAAGCAGCCACACAACAAUCAACAUCAACGACUACCAAGAAGAAAAUGGAAUUCUCGGAGAUAUACCGAGCGGAAAUUCGGAAGACGAGCACACGAAAAGUGAUGUUGGCCGCCGGGGCUUCAAACCCGAAGAAACAAUCCCUGAAAACGGAGAAAGUGACGGCGAGAUCACGGACGAGGAUGGAAAAGGCCAUAGCGCGGAUUUCCAAGACCAUGUGAAUGGUGCAAAGAGAGUGGAAAAAAUGGAGGGGGCAGAAUUUUACAAGUUCCGAGAUGUGAAUGGCAGCGGCAACGAGAAGGAAGUGAGCGGUGAUGCUUACAGAAGCGAAGCAGAAGCUCUAGAUCCCAAAGUUCCGCCCAAAUUUGGACCAAAUAACUCCUACUCUCGUAGGGGCGGUGGGAAAACAAGAGCAGGAACGUUUAGCGCCCGCAGAAAGCUUCAUGCUGGGGACAAAAUUUUCGAGAGGGACUCAGCGGAGCGCAUUCUCCAGGAAGUACAUGGCCAUCUUGUACUUUUCCCCGUUGACUGGCUUGAAAGGGAGCUCGAAGGAGGAAACUGGUUCUUCAAUACCGAUCGCAUUCCACCCAUUGAAAUUUACAACUGAGUUACUUGUUCC